AUGGGGGGAUGGGCGAUUCAAGGUCUUGACCUUUCCCAGUAUAAAAAUAAGAAGAAUCUUGGGAGAAAGGACAUCUUGGCAUCAGUCAUGGUUAAGACAUUGGUUCAAAUCGCGUCGGUUGGCAGCGGAGUCGCCGUUCUCGCGUGUCUCUUCACCGUCGGAUACAUCUUCAACGAUAUCAACUCGUUCUAUGAUGACGUCAUUGAUACCAUGACUGAGUUCAAGACGAACGAGCAACAAGCAUGGAACUCAAUGCAAUCUCCAUCCGACAUCUUCGGAAGAAUCAAGCGUGGAGUCAACAAGCGUAACGCCCAAUGCAACUGCGGUGCCCAAUCGAACGGAUGCCCAGCCGGACCACCAGGACCACCAGGACAACCAGGAGCCCAAGGAGAGGCCGGACACCCAGGAGAGGCCGGAAAGCCAGGAGCGAACGGAGUGACUAUCGGACUCACCGGAGGAAAUGGACCAUGCAUCACUUGCCCAGCCGGAGCACCAGGACCAGCCGGAGCCCCAGGAGCGCCUGGACCACAAGGACCAUCGGGAGCACCAGGACAAGACGCCGUCGGUGGAGGACCAGGACCAGCUGGACCACAAGGACCAGCUGGAGACGCCGGAGCACCAGGACAACCAGGAGCACCAGGAGCACCAGGAAACGCCGGACGCAGUGGACAACGUAGUCGUGGACUUCCAGGACCAGCUGGAGCACCAGGACCACAAGGACCAGCCGGAGGACCAGGACAACCAGGACAAUCCGGAGGAGCCGGCGCACCAGGACCAGCUGGAGCACCAGGACCAGAUGGGCAACCAGGACAACCUGGACAAGACGGAGAGGCCGGAGCACCAGGAAAUGAUGGACAACCAGGAGGUGACGCCGCCUACUGCCCAUGCCCAGCACGCUCCAAUGUUGUCAAACACCGCAAGGUUAUGGCUCACAGACGUCACGCCAAGAUUGUUGCUUGA